UGUUGUCGGGACGCUCAUAUUUCAAUCACGUGCGUGUGUGUCACGUCAGACAGACAGACCCUCCGGCUACUGACGGUUCCGUGUUCAUACAAACACGUACGGACACGUUCUGUCAAGUUUAGCGAUUUCUGACGCAGAUUUUGUUAUUGGAGCUCAUACAUGGCAUUGUGUGGAAGCUUAAGAACUCGUGGGAUGGUCUAAUUGUGUAAAUCUUUUACGUCAAGAUGGAGAAUACUGAGGGAGACUCACAGGACUACUUAGAUCCAGGAGAAGCUGGUCAACUGGUGCCUUUCAACCCAACCCAAGCUGUGCAGCAGUACGUACCGUGUUCACAUCAAGCAUGUGGUGCGGUCGCGUUACCCUACAACGGCCCACCUCCAGUUUACAACGUGUACAACAUCUCCAACCCUGUUGGGCUACAGAUCGACAGCAAAGGAAGUUCCAUGACAGUGGAUACGAAGGACGUGGACAAGAAGGCAGAGAAUACGAAACAUACCGCAACACAGACAGGUGACAAGAAACUGGAGGGAGAUUGUCGAACGAUAAUUUCGCGAAUGGAAAUACUAGAGGAAGAAGGAAAAUGGCACAAGUACGACAAGUUCUACAGAAGAGCCUGUAGCCACUUUGCGGAAAAUCCUGACAUUCUCAUCCGUAUAGUUCUUGAGAACAUUGUUGCAGCGUACUACCGCGACGACUUGGCAGCGGGCCAACAGAGCGUCCUGCGCGUCCAGGAGUUGAUAUUCCUGACCCGGGACCCGGUGCACCACCAGGCUCACAUGCUGUACCUAAAGUCUGCGCUGUUUCGUAAGGAGAAGAGGUACAGGGAAGCUGAGAACGCCAUAGUCUUGGCAAGACAGGGUUUGGACCAAAUGCAGGUAGGCCGCGACACGGGAGAAAUCUGGUACAACGUCGCCGCUCUGUUUGCGCAAGUUCUCAACGACGAGAGCGCAGAGAUCGCCACUGGCGAGUUCCAGGCGACAGCCGCAGAGGCCUUCCAUUCCGCCAUAGAACACUACAGAAAGGGCGAAGAUGAGGACGGAUCGUGUAGAAACAAGCUGCGCAGAGCGCACAUCCGCUACGCCAUGUCUCUGCUUCGCUGCUGGUCGGAGGUCCGUUCGUCCAACAGAGGGGAAGACGUAACGGAGGAGGACCUGAGGCAGGCCGGGGACAGUCUGGACGAAGUGGAGAGAAGUUUGUGGGACGGGAUUCCCAACCGGAUGCGCUACUACUGGCACCUGGCUAGGUCGGACCUGUUCAGGUACAAGAACAGGACGCAGAGAGCGUUAGAAAUGGCAGAAGAGGCGCUCAAGAUCGCGGAGGCGUCAAAGUUUCCGUCCGAAGUGCAGUUCGCAGAAGGUCGAGUGAAACUUCUGUCAAAACUCGUCUCUGAUCAACGAUCACUGAGCGACAUAAAGGAUAACAAAUCAGAUCCUAUUUUGGAAGAACUAUUUGAAGAUGAAGACCACAUCGUGACGUGCAAUAGUAACAGGAACUUUUACCUAGUUCUGAUUGGUGUAGCGGUUGUUUUUGUCGCUCUCUGUGUACAGUACCUCUUGUAUUAUCAUCAGAGAUGACGAUUUCAGAAUGAAAAUUCGAGAAU